CACGACUGGAGCUACGAGUUGUGACUUAAACCUUCAUCAAAAUGAAAGUAGCAAGUAAUGUACUCUAACAUUGUAUGUAUAUUAUCGUUAUGGUAUUCAUAUAGGAUUAAUUUGGUUUAUCUUGGGAUCGUAGGGUAAUUUAAAUCAAUAUUUGCAUGUUUUGCUUUAUUAAUUUAAACAAUUGUAUUAUGACAAAGUUUUGUAUAAUUAGGAUAUGACCACGGCAGUUGUAUAUACUAUUUUGCCAAAAUAAUGCCGCUUUAAACCGAACUUUCAUCUAAACACCGGCUCCGUGUCAUGAUGGACACCUCCGGUACGGAAUUGCCGCUGCGGCUGCAGGUGAGCUCGUGCCUGAAGACUCUUUCCACCUCACGAGACUCCAGGGAGAUCGUGCACGCGCUGCGGACACUCGUGAGCUGCCUGGAGGACGGAGAGUCCACGCGGAUUCACCACACGCGCGCGCUUCAGGUGCUGGUGAGCGCGCGGGGCUUGCACUGGUUCAGCAGGUCACAUGAUAAGGAUGAGGAGGAGAUGAAGAAACUGUGGGGGGAGAUUAUAAUCAGAGGACCAGCAGAACAAACACUCCUGAUCCUGCUGGACACCAUCAGCUCCACUGGUGAGAGUGAGGCUCUGGAUCGGUGCGUCUCUGCGCUGGAGAUAUUUCUCUCUGCUGCUCGUCUCCAGGUGUUGUUGUGGUCCAGGUGUGAAGUGGGCGGAGCCUCUUCAAACUCUCCUCAGUUGACGGAGACCGUGAUUGGCCACCUUGCAGCUUUACCCUCCAUCACCUCCAAUCAUCUGCACACAAACACACCCGAUCUCUUCCUUCCGCAGCAAUAUUACCCACUGCUGGCCGCCAGCAUACUGGACACGCUGGAGAAGACAUGCCACGCUCUCAGAGCUGGACAGGACUGCUCUCUGGGGUUUGUCUCUCAGGUUUUGGGGAAAGUGUGCAUUCAGGGAUACAGCUCUCAGAUGUUUGAGACUCUUGGCCCUCGGCUUUCCUCUGUGACCCGUGUGGAUUCUCUAUAUCAGCGUGUGACACAGAAACUGCUGGAGAACGUUCCAGAAAGAUGCACAGAAAGUGUGAUCACAGGACUCAUACGCAGCCUCAGUGGGGCGGCUGCCGUGUCCAGGCUGAUGGGAAACCUGGUGCUGACCAAUAAGAAAGCUCAGUUUGUUCUCACUCAUAAACUGUUAUUGCAGCAAUACCAACAUCCAACUGGCCUGUUAAAGUCUGUUCUUGGUUAUUUGGCGGUGGAUUCAGAGCGUCGCCUGCUGCUUAAACAGGUGCUUCGGAGUUUGUGUCAGGUGUGGUGUAACAGCAGUGCGGUCAAACACACGUGUGUCGAACAGCAGCUGUACGUCAGUAAAGCUUUACUGCUGUGUGUGGCUUUACUCGACGAUUCGGAAAUACAAGAACUACGGCAAGAGAUGCUGCAGUGCAUGCUGGGAGGUGUUCAGUGUCGUCUAGACAGCAAUGUAGAGCGUAUUCGAAGGAUGGGUAUGGUGGUGGGCGAGUGUCUCAGUCAUAGAUUAGACACGCCUGGAUCACAAUUAAAAUUUCAGUAUGAGACAGAUGAGGAGAUCAGUGAACUGAAGUCAUUAAUGGAGUCUCUGUCUGUUAAAGAUGAUGAGGAAGAACAGCCUGAUACAUCCAACAGUCUUCAGCGAGAGCUCAAAGUUGAGGCUUCAGUGUUGUCACAGUCAGUGGCAUCAGAUCCUGGUAACGGCAAUGAAUCUGAACUGGACAGUGAUGAUGAUCUGACUCCGUAUGACAUGUCAGCUGAUCAGGAGAAGAAGAAAUCAGCGCCGCCGCGUUACGUCAGAGACUGUCUGGAAGGUUUAAUGUCGUCUGAUGAUGCUGAAAGGUUUGAACUCAGUCUGCAAGUGGCAGAAACUCUUCUCCGAAAGAACGUGAAGGCUGCACAAGAGGUCAGUGUUCAGUUUAGUAAAGUGCUGCUUCAUCUAGAGGACAGAUACAACACUGCACUCUUCCUGUCGCUGCGGCAGAACGCCAUGGUGGCCCUCACUGUUACUGACAUAAAGCCGGUGGUAGAUUAUUGGACGACAGAGUUUUAUGCUCUCAACUACAGCUUGAGGCAGAGAUUGGACAUUCUGGAGGUGCUUGCUCUCGCUGCACAGGAACUGUCUGAGCCAAUCACAAACAAGCCCACAGUAGCUCAGCCAAUCACAGCGGUGACUGCUCUGGGUCAGAGUGAUGACAUCACACACUGGCGGCAUGUUGUGGACCAACGGAUCCAGAGCAAAACCCGACGAAUCAGCAAGGGUGUCACUCAGCCUGUUAAAGCCGUUCCCAACCGUUACGCUGCAGUCGCUGGAUUUUUCUUCUUCCCGCUGCUCAGGAGCUAUGACAGGCCUCAGACGACCUUUGACCUCCUGGGCGGUGAUCACCUGGUGUUGGGACGGCUGAUGCACACUCUUGGCCUGCUCAUGCAUCUGGCUGUCAAUGCACCGGUUGUGUCUCAGAUGGGCAGAGCUCUGCUGGACUUUGUUUGGGCCGUUCGCUUUCACACUGACCAGAUGGUGAGGAGGGGUGUUAUGUUUGCGGUUUGUGCUGUGUUUUUGAGCAUGCCCAGUGAGAACCUGCUCACAGAACUGGGUGAUGAUCUGAUGGAGACCAGAGCCUGGCUCGCAGAUGUGGCAGAGAGCGACUGUGACUCCUACUGCAGAAGUUUGGCUGUACAGAGUUUAAUGCUGAUGGACAAAAACCUCAAAUCUCAGCUGCAUAUCCCAGAUAUGGAAAUAUAACAGACAUCUCUGUGUAUUUCUGACAGCCCUGACAGGUUUUCACAUCUCAUAACCAACAGGUGAAUACCAUAAAGGAUCUUCUGGAGCACAGAUUUUGGAUUUUUACACUCUGGACUGAUGCAUCAGUAAUUUCAUUAUUUGUGUAAUUCUGUGUAUUUAAUGUUUGAGACAUUAAAGCGUUCUUUACA